AUGUGCAAGCAAAAAGUCCCGGAUAUUGAUGCACUGUAUGCAAAUCGACAUCCACCUGUCCGAUUCACUCAAAACUUUUUGAGUACCACGGUUCGUGGACAAGGAGAUGGUGACUAUCUGUCAUGUCCGAUCGGUGUGCUACUCCUUCUCACCACAUUUCUUGGAUCGGGAGGGGCCCGCGGCAAGACGGCUCUCCAAAUCGGGGAUGCUCUGAAAUUGACCAAAACGUUGCCCAGCACUGACAUGAGUUCAUUGCGCGAGGGUGCAAAGAAUAUGUAUUGGAAUUUGGUGAAUUCGUUGGUUAGCGCGGAAAGUGCACUGAAUGCUCGGCGUGUUCCGGUGAUUUCGAUCAGUAAUGGAGUGUUUCUGAAAGAGGAUUAUAAGAUCAAAGAAGAUUUUAAAUGGAGCUUACAGAAUGACUUCAAAGCCAAAAUCGAUAAGUUGAAUUUCAAAGACCAGUCAGCGUCGAUGGAUGCAAUUAAUCGAUGGAUUCGAAACCAAACGCGUGAACUGAUUCCGAAAUUUCUCCAGUCACCACAAGAACUCCCGGCGGACACAAAAAUGGCCCUCUUCAAUGUGUUCACACUGAAAGGUUCGUAA